UAAAAUCUCAUAAAAUGUCUUAUUCCCGACCAUCCUUACCUCAACUCGAAAAAGACCUAGUCGAAACAGAAUUUUUCGGUGACCACGAGCUCUUCGAAGCCAGACAAGACUUAUAUCAACACAUUCGGCAAUUACUGUGUUCCAAAGGCUCCAGAAUUGAGGAUAUAAUGUUCAACAUUCCCUCACUUGCAGAUGAAAAUAUUUGAAAGCUGAGAGGAAUUAGACCAGACAUUGCUAUGUUAAAAAUAAGUGGAGACUUUUCACAAGCUCUGAAAGGAUGAAAGAUGUUUGAUGAAUUUAAUAGAAGAAAAGUCAAGUGCUUAGAGCUUGCUCAUCUUUCAGUUAAUGGGAAUGCUAAAUCUUCUUUUAUACUGAGAAAAAUCUAUUGUUUAAAUCCAAGUAGUUUGAAUCGUAUUUCUUUGGAAGGAUUCAAAUUCACCUCUAAAGAAUUUGCAAAACUACUCCUUAUCGCCUUAAAUAGCAGCUUAUUACAAUUUUAAAAAAUGAAGCUUCGACAUCGACAAUAUUAAAAUCUCUUCAAAUAUAAAAUUCAAACUUGGGGGUUUAGUCUUAAAGGAUUGUAGAACAUAUGGAUCUUCAAAGGGAAACAUAGAUAUUGCCAAGUUAUUCAGUUUCCUCAAAUCUAACACUCUGGGAACUAAUCUUAAAUAUCUGCAAAUAAGUCCUCCUGAAGAACCCUUCACGGAAGAGUGUAGUUUGAUUAAGGCUUUACAUUCAGGAAAACCUAUAAGCGAGCUUGGAUCCAACGAAAAAUCAAAAGAAUACAAAAAAUCGUUCGUCGGAGCAGAGAUAUCAGAAGAAGAUAAAAGAAAAAUUUCAAGAUGUCAGAAAUGUAUAAUUCAAUAA